UUUUGGAGAGGAGGAGCGCGCUCUUUUUCCUCAUUUCACUACUACUACGUUUACCCUGCAGUCACGUUCACGCUUGCAUCACUUCGUCUCCACGUCUGCCUGCCCUCUCCAAACUAUACAAUAUCUGACCCUUUAGGCUUUGACUUCAGCGAUUCUCCUGCUUUUGAUUUUCUGUUCCACCAUCAGCCAUGUUGAUUAUUUUGGCCUCUAUCGUCCUCUUUCACAUCACUUCAGCAAUACUACUCUUCAUAGCAACCAUCAAAAAUGCAUGGUGGGUUGGGGAGGAUGCCACCUUAGAUCUCUGGUAUUACUGCAAUAACACAGGCUGUUAUGAUAUACCGAAAAGUGCAACCUCUGAAACAGCCUAUCUUCAGACGGUCCAGGCCACCAUGAUACUGGCCACUAUCUUGUGCUGUGUGGGUUUCUUUGUCUUCAUCCUUCAGCUCUUCCGUCUGAAGCAGGGCGAGAGGUUCGUGUACGCGGCCAUCAUCCAACUCUUGUCUGCUUUCUGUGUGAUGACCGGUGCAUCCAUAUACAUAGCAGAUCACUCAAACGUAAAAGAGCAGAUUAAGGAUGGAGGUUACGGAUAUUCCUUCGUCUUGGCCUGGGUCGCCUUCCCCAUGACGCUGCUGAGCGGCUUGAUGUACCUAGUGCUAAGAAAACGCAAAUAAAGCACAACACACCACCUCACUAGCUGCCACCAGCUACAGCCUUAGCCAAGAGACUUUAUUUGUAAUGAUACUUGUUUUUAUACGUAGAUGAAACAUUUGCCAAAGUUAGAACGAAGUAGAUGAUCUCACACUAUUAAUCGCUGCAUACUGGAAACUUAAUUAGAUUUUAUUCAUAGUAUGUCACUUUUUUUUUUUUUUUUUGCGUAUAAUUUAGUCGUACCUGCCCAGCGAAAGAAGUGCUGUGAUUUAGAGAGGUAAAAUAGGGAGUGGAAAAUUAAAAGACAUGAGUGGGAAAUAUAAUAGGACGUAUUUAUACCGCGGAACCACUAUGGGCUCAGGUGUAUUCGUACACAAGGCAUGAUGUGAAAUUGGCCUUAUAUGAAACACUUGGCGUGUAGUAAAUGACACGCUAGUGCGAUGUUUCCUGGUCAUUGUAUGUGCCUGGGGAAAAAGUCAUUAAAACUAAAUCUGAAUGAAAUAUUGUGCUGCCAGUUUGCUGAGCACUAUAUCAUACUUGAAGCUGAACAAAUUUUCAAUAUUAGUGGCACGACGUGUUCUCGUGUAUAGUUUUUUUGUUUUUUUUUUGUAAAAUAAUCUUUUAGUGUUGACUAAUUAUAUUGCAUGUUUUUGUAUUUUGUUUGAAGCAUUUAUUUGAAAUCAUUAUUAACAUAAGUACAGAUUUCUAGCUCUUUUAGGCAUUCUGUUUGAUUAGGGCACUUGGGAUUUUAUUUUGUCAUAUUCACGCAAAUAACCUUGAGAUGACGGUGUUGGUGAAGCACACCGAUGGUUUUAGUUUUCCUUUCUUAUGUAAUCAUUUCGUCCUCAAGUCUGCUACGGAAUAAGCAAUUAGCUAAUAUUAUUUAGGCGAAAGUGAAGUUAAGCUGUAUUUAUUAAGACUAACUGCAUUGUUGCUGUUAAUAUUUUUUUUUUUGUAAUGAAGUAUUAUAUCAACAGGCCUGAACAUGUUUGUUUAAUGCUUAUUUUUCAGAAGGUUUUAAUGAAUAUUAGCGAAGGCUUUUGGAAUUGGAAUGAAACCACAAUGGCAGCUUUGUUCUUAAAUGUCUGCUGAGUUGUUCAGGUCAGGUCUGUUUCUGGAGACUGAUCCCCAACAAGGGCUCAAUAUUGUUUUUUUUUUUUUUUAAUCAAAUAAAUGUAUUUUACAUUAA